AUGGACCUGAUAUCUAGUGUCUCGGUCAACCUAUUCCCAAGCCUAAAUAACACUGGAGGCAACAGCGACGGUGAUAGCGACAGCUCUGCUUCUCUACGACGACUCCGAGGUGCUUUUGGACAAAAUGAAGAGGUCGAUUUAUCCAUUCCUGAGGAGCAUCUUGACCUAUCAACAAGUCUGGUUGAAGAUGAAGUGUCACUUGAUUCAAAUAUAAUCACCGAAAUCGUCAAUAACCCUAUAUUUGAAGAUGGAAGAUUCAAAUACCUCCGAGCAUACGAGCGACUAGCGGCCGAGAGAGAUAUGAAAGAUAUGAGCAAUGGGAUUCCCUUACAAACCUUUGAACUCAACGAUUUUGAAAAAUUUGUCAAGGAAAGCGUAUUAAAUGAUAAAAUACAAGGACGAGUAAUUGCUAAACAACCCAAAGGUCAACAAAAGGAAACGAUAUUGAAUGUCGUCCGAGAGCAAGACCUAGCGGAUGAAUUCUACGCUGGAGGAAAUGAUGAAAAUGAGAUCAAAAAUCGACGACCAAAGCUACACAAACAAGAUAAGGAAUACACGUCGGAUGUGGAGGAUUUGUACUUUCCAACAAACAAGAACAGGCUUCAUAGAAAAUUGAGUGUGCGACAUUUACAAAUGAUCUCUCUUGGAGGGACCAUUGGAGUUGGAUUGUUUCUAAACUCAGGAAAAGCAAUCAAUAUUGCAGGUGGGUUUGGGGCAUUACUAGCAUUUGCAAUUGUUGGGGUGGUUGUACUAUGCACUAUGAUGUCCUUUUGUGAAAUGGUUACGUUUGUCUCCGUCAUUGAUGGCGUGUCAGGUUUAAGUUCCAGAUUUGUUGAUGAUGCGUUUGGUUUCGCUACUGGUUGGUUGUAUUUUCUUAGUUUUGCCUUUGGUGUAGCUGGUGAAGUUGUUGCCGGAGUCAUCAUGUUGUCCUUCUUCCCUCAAUUAAAGACAACAUCAAGUAAAGGAGCAACAACUGGUUUUGUUUUCCUUUUUUUGGGCUCUAUUGUGACCAGCAAUUUAAUUGAUAUUAGGGUGUUUGGAGAGAUUGAAUACAUAUCAAGUUUAAUCAAACUCCUUUGGGUAGUGGUGAUGAUGAUUGUUAUGAUUGUUUUAAAUAGAGGUGGUUUUGGUGGACCUGCUUUGGGAUUCAAAUACUGGAUGCGUCUGAAAUCGGACUUUAAAAAUGACAUUAUUUUUGGACUUUUUCGUCCUAGUUUCAAUUUGUACGACAAUGGAACAAACCCACCAAGCGAAGGAAUUGAGGGAGAUACAGGGAGAUUUUUAUCAUUAGUCACAGCUAUUCUUGUUGUAUGUUAUGCAUAUAGCGGCACAGAAAUUGUUUGUAUUGCCGCAUGUGAAGCCAAAAACCCAAGGAAAGCUUUGCCUUCUGCUAUGAGACGGGUAUUUUGGAGAAUUGUUAUCUUUUACUGCUUAUCUGCCUUUUUAGUCACGUUAAACAUUUAUGCUGGUGAUCCAAGAUUGCUCAGGUAUCUCCUGGGUAAAACAGGCAUUGAUGCAUCCGAGUUCGCAACCAACGUUGCUAUCCAAACAGUUGGUGGAGCACAUUGCUCGUACGACUCAUCAGUGUUUGCUGGAUACGGAAGUGGAGCUCAAAGCCCUUGGAUUGUGGCUCUUCAGAGCGCCGGUCAAUGUGAUUUUAGCACAGUGACAAAUGUGUUUUUGGUGUUUUUUGCCGUCAGUUGUGGUAAUGCUCAACUUUAUGUCAGCUCAAGAACGGUGUACGCGUUGGCAUUACAAGGAAAAGCACCUAAAUUUCUUACGUAUUGCAAUAGAAAUGGAAUCCCUUACAAUUCUGUCAUGCUUGCAGGAGCAUUUGGGCUAUUAUCAUUUACCUGUGUAUCGGAGUCAGCAACUGUUGUAUUUCAAAAUCUAAACAGCGUCAUUGCCUCUUCGGGGAUUUUCGUUUGGUUUGCCAUGUGUUUGACUUUUAUAAGGUUUUAUUAUGGAUUGAAAAGAAGACCCGAUAUAAUGAGCAGAGACGAUCCAUCAUACCCUUACAAGUCACCAUUCCAACCAUAUACGGCAAUAAUCGGAAUGUGUGCUACAUUGUUUAUGGUUUUAGCGAUGGGGUUUGUCGUAUUCUUGAAACAUGAAUGGAAUACAUUAUUUUUCUUUUCUAGCUAUGGGUCGUUGAUGGUAUUUGCUAUACUCUAUGCUGGCUAUAGAGUGAUUAAGGGUUCAUCUAUUUCAAGUCUAGACAGACUUGAUUUUGAUUCGGGAAGAACAGAAAUGGAUCGGUAUAUUUGGGAUGGAGGUACAGAUUAUAACCACAAAAGCUUCAGGGAUGUUUUGCGCAAAUGGUUAUCUUUUUUAGCUUAA